AUGAACCUUUCCCUUCUCAAGUUUGAUGGUGAUAAGGUCUCCGUCUCUACUGUCUUUCAGAAGUCCAAGUACGGGCCGGUCAAUGGCAUCUUGGCAUUGCCACGCCAUAGACACAUCAUUCUUGCUGCUGAUGCCGAAAGGGGUGAGAUUCUGAGAAUCGAUACAACUACUGGACAUGUUGAAGUAGCCAUCAAAGACAAAGCACUUGCUCCAGUUUCUGGCGGGCCUUUCCCCGUUGGUGUAAACGGGAUCAAGAUUUUCAAUGACUACCUGUACUUCACCAACACCGCUCAUCAGUCCUUCAAUCGAGUCAAGAUUGAUGAUAUGGGAAACAAACUUGGCGAUUUCGAGGUUCUUGCCAAGCUUGAAAAGGGCUCCCCUUAUGCACCGGAUGACUUUGCCAUGGAUCUAAAUGGAAACGCGUAUGUUGUUUACUGGCAGGAUAGGGUUGUCAAAAUCACUCGAGGAGGGAAAUAA